AAGGGCCCCCCUCCUCCCUCCAUGCCCACUCCCUCCAGGCCAAAGGAAGCCCUCCAGCCCCCUGGAGGGGAGGGAGUGACAGAAAGGGGUUUCCCAGCCCCCUCUCCAUUCAGGACGCCCAGAGGGCCUCGAGAAAAACCGGGGCUCACUGUGUUGUCCCCUAAAGCGGGUCAAGAAGCACAUACUAGAAAUAUAAACCGGGUAUUUAAAAAAGGAAUUUUAAAGAAUAACCCCUCCUCCGUCAGAUCCCCUGCCCCACCGAGGGAGGUAGGAGAAACCUUCCUUCCUCCCCACCCGCCCCGGCCCCCUCCCCAGAGACCUCAGCCUUUUCCAAAGUCGCCAAAAACCCACAUCAAGCCGGAUCCUUACGGCCCCCCCACCCUCCCCAAAACCAACCCCACCCGCUGGCAGGACGGCCCCUGCGGCCGAGAACUGAGCUGCCCCUCUCAGCGGCCAGGAUUCCUCGUGCCAAGAAUCGCCUGCCUUAAAGUCUGGGGAGGGGCCUGCGGCGGGCGCCCAGCACCCACGGGCGAGCACCCUUCCCACCCCAUCCCAGGCCGCAGAGGACGGGGGAGCUCCCACAUGCGGGUAAAUUCCAGACGCUCCCGCCCCGCCCCGUCUGUUGAGUUCACUUUACCUUUAGGCACCUUCGUGGAGCGCAGGGAAGGACGCAGCUCCGGACACGGGAGACCACGCCCAGGCUCUCAGGAGAAGGGGACCCGGACGGAGAAGGCGCCGCUGGGGCCGCCCGGAGGAGCCCCUCUGCACGGGCCCGACGAGACGCUUCCUGCGUGGAAGCGUGGAACCUUCUGGAAUUCACCGCCCCCCUUUCCGCCCGCGUCGGGGGCUGAACUGGGCUUGCAGGGGGCAGCGGGGUUGAACCUGGUGUUGGUUUCCACUCUCGCCAGAGAGAGAAGACGCCGAAGAAGGUGGAAUCCGCUUGCUCCAUUUUUUGCCAAAAAAAUUUACAAAUGGGAAGGGUCGGAAAUGAAGAUGAGCGCCCCCCGCCACCUCGCGCCCUCCCCUGCUCCUCUCAUCUGGUCUGGGUGACCUCCGAUGCUGGCCGGCCGCGGGAUCCCAGGAGCCCGCCUCCU